AUGAUAUUUUCCGAUCUCCCCGAGGAGAUACUUUUGUCGAUCUGUGUGGAUGUUCUCUCUGGUAGGUGGAGCUCGGAGCUGGAUCUGAGACUGGUUCCCCUCAUUGAGGUUUCUGCUCUUCCUUUUUUCGACAUGUCGAGGGUCUGCUGGAGGCGGUGGUGUUUUGGAGCCCUCGUCUGCUUCCUCCGUCGUUCCCCGAUGAUUGGUCACGUGAAGCUGAAAGGAUGUGGUGGUGUGAGCUUAUUCUCUUCUGGGAACACAAAUGCUGGUGUUGGUGUAGAGCAAGAAUUACUAUUACCUCCCCAACAAGAAGAGAGUCUAAUUACUCAUCCUCAUCCUGUUCUCAAGAAAAGGAGAAAUCUCCCUGGCAACCCAGACCCAAAGGCUGAGGUGAUAGCUCUGUCCCCAAGUUCACUCUUGGCCACAAACAGAUUCAUAUGCGAAAUAUGCAACAAAGGAUUUAAGCGGGACCAGAACCUGCAGCUCCACAGGAGAGGCCACAACCUCCCCUGGAAGCUCAAGCAGAGGAACCCCAGUGUCGAGGUCAGAAAGAGGGUCUACGUCUGCCCCGAACCGGGCUGCGUCCACCACAGUCCGGCUCGGGCCCUGGGCGAUCUCACGGGGAUCAAGAAGCACUUCUGUAGGAAGCAUGGGGAGAAGAAGUGGAAGUGCGACAAGUGUUCCAAGAAGUACGCGGUUCAAUCGGACUGGAAGGCUCAUGGGAAGACCUGUGGGACUAAGGAGUACAAGUGUGAUUGUGGUAACGUCUUCUCCAGGAGGGACAGCUUCAUAACUCAUAGGGCAUUCUGCGAUGCCCUAAUUGAGGAACACAACAACAACGUCAGCACUUUAAACCCUCCACCAACUCAUGUAAUGAUCAAUUCAUCACAAACUCAACCAAAUAAUCACGGUAUUAAUAAUAAUAAUAAUAUUGUUAUUAAAAACAUUAUUACCUCACCACCACAAAUUGACCAUUUUAACCCUCUAGACACCAAGAUCAACCCUUUCAUCGUGACCUCUUCACCAAUAAGACCAACCCCAUUUUCAACUGCCGACAAUUACAACUUUAUCCCUACAACCUCCACCGCCACUACUACACCUGCUCCUAGCCUCUUCUCUUCCACCUCCUCCGCCACCUCACCACCAUCCUCCCUCCACCUCACCACCAAUUUGUACCCACUCUUCCCUCUCGACGUGGACCAUCCCGCCAGCUCAGUAUCCAUGUCAGCCACCGCGCUUCUUCAGAAGGCCGCCCAGAUGGGGUCCACACUCAGCAGCGUGGCGCCAAAACAGCUUGGCAGAGACCAUCAUCAAGGAUUCAUGGACCAAUUCUUCCACGUGGCGGGAGGAGGAGUACUAUUCAACGGGAACUUGCCAGGCUGUCACACCGGCUUCUUCGACGACGGCGAUAGUGAUAAUAGUAACGCUACCGCUUUGUUAAUGAACAACUUUGGUGGCGGGGAUGUGAUGACGACGGUUGACUUCUUGGGGGUUAAUACUAAUGGUCGGCCGGCGCCGUCGUCUACGUCGACAAUUGCGAGGAUUAAUAAUAUAGUUCCGGGGUUUUCGCCGCCGAUUUGAAGCACUACUUUCGCCGGCGCAUCCACGCACGGAGGGCAUUAGUUAUUAUUUUAUUAUUAUAUAUAAUAAUCGGAAAAGUUGGUUGAUUAACUAAAGUAGUGAAUUAGUGAUCAUCAUUUACUUUUUCAAGUUUCGUUUGGUGAUUUAAUUUUUCGGAGCCUUGCAUUGUCCUCCUAAAGAGCGGGCCGGAUCGCCGUUCAUAUAUAUGGAUGAAUUCUUCUUAAUUAGUAGUGCAACUUUCAUACCUGGUUUAUGGUAAGUAUGGGCAUGUUGGCGAUACCUGUACUUGCCCUCUGUCAGAUUGGAUAAUUUAUUAGAGGGUACAAAUUGUAACAGAUCAAUUCAUAUAAGUAUAUAAUUUAAAAAAU